GACGGGCCCUUAUCACGACCAAGGCUCUCUCUCACCACUCUCGAGAAGAUCUGUUUCUGGCCAACGUCCGCUUGUAGGUCGGUCGACAUGGCCUGAUUCACACUUCUGACUGACGCGAUUGGCUCCUCUGAAUGCUCCUCCACUCCCCAGUCAGUUUGACGAGAUUUAGAUACGAUCCUUCGGCGACGCGGGCUCGGCUUCGACAUCCAACAUGGGAGAGAAGGGCCUCUGCUUAUCAGUGCCAAGGUCGUCGUUCUGCAAAGAGUUGGGGGCGCAGCUUGGUUGUAAGAGAUGGGAGCACUAGCCGGGAAUCGUGCCUCCCAUGAUAUUGGUACGGGAAAUUGACGGAAGAGGAUGCGGUCCUGAGACGUUUAUAUGAGUCGAAAGGACCCCCUGUAAGCCAUUUUCCUUCUCUAUACAUUCUGCGUGUCCCGGGGAUACAGCACAGUCGACAAAAUGGAAGCUCCAGUGGCCCCCGAGUACGACGAGACGAAGCCCAAUGGCGGCAACCCCAGCCUCGAGAAUGUCAACGCUCAGUAUCAGGGACUCGAGUUCCACUAUUUGUACUUGAUCGUUAUGACCUUCCUGGUCUGGCUCAUCAUCCCUGGCAUCGCAUUCUUGUAUGCAGGUCUCGCACGUCGCAAGUCUGCGUUGUCUCUUCUGUUCCAGUCUCUGGCGGUGAUGGGAGUCGUCUGCUUCCAGUGGCUCUUCUGGGGCUACUCUCUGGCCUACUCGCGAUCCGCUAGUCCUUUCAUCGGCAACAUGGAAUACUUCGGUCUGAGGAACGUCAUGUCCGCUCCAUCGCCUGGCUCCUCCUUGCUUCCGGAGAUUGUCUUCUGCUUCUAUCAGAUGCUGUUCUGCGCCUGCACCGUACAGCUCGUCAUCGGCGGAUCUUUCGAGCGCGGUCGCAUCCUGCCAUCCAUGAUCUUUGCUUUCUGCUGGGCGACUGUCGUGUAUUGUCCGAUUGCAUGCUGGACCUGGAACGCAAACGGCUGGCUCUUCAACCUUCCCAGUCUCGACUUCGCUGGUGGAGGUCCAGUCCACAUCGCAUCAGGCUGGUCUGCUCUUGCGUACGCCUUCGUCCUCGGAAAGCGCCUUCCCAAGGGCGAUAAGAUCCACAGCCGCGCCCACAACCCCACCCUCGUCUUUAUUGGUACUGUCUUUAUCUGGUUCGGCUGGUACGGUUUCAACGGUGGUUCUGCGCUCAACGGCACUAUCCGUUCGAUGCUUGCUGCCUUCAACACCAACACUGCUGCCUGCUUUGGCGUCCUCGGCUGGGUCGUCGUUGACUACAUCCGCACCAGGGGCCGCUUCUCCGUUGUCGGAGCCUGCUCAGGCGCUAUUGCCGGACUCGUCGGCAUCACUCCUGCUGCGGGAUACGUCUCGCCGUGGAUUGCUGCGCUGAUCGGAUUCCUCACUGGUGUCGUGUGCUCUCUGUGCCACAACAUCGAUAGAUGGAUCAAGAUCGACGAGGGCAUGGAUGUGUUCAAGCUACACGGCAUCGGCGGCAUGGUCGGGUCCUUCCUGACUGGUAUCUUCGCGCAGUCGUGGGUGUACGACCUCGACGGCAUGGGCCCUUACGAUGCUCUCGGUGCCAUUGACGGUAACGGCAUCCAGGUCGGGUACCAGCUGGCCGAGAUCUGCGCGGUUGCUUCGUACUCGUUCACGGUUUCUUGCAUCCUGCUGUAUGCGCUCAAGUUCAUCCCGUUCCUGCACCUUCGUGUCAGCGAGGAGGCGGAGAUGAUGGGUCUUGACUUGGACCAGUUCUUCGAGGAGGAGAUUGGCGACUGGAGCAUGAUGCACCAGAACGAGUACAACUCGAGCAAUGCGACCAGCCACGUCAACCAAGCGCCUACAAAGUCCAGGGAUGGCAUCUAGUUGGAGGCAGGAGACGUUCCCGGCGGUGUCUUGGCAUUUUUUGGGCCGAUUCUGGUAUACGAUGGAGCGGACCGCAGGUCAUUCGUUUGCUCCGUAACUGUACCUUGCAACUGUCCGCCUCUACAGGGCGACGCUCAGUCCGCAGUUCAAAUUGAUCUAUAUUCUAUGUAACUAUAAUUCACCAUGUUCAAUUCUAACGUGCAGCCGCUGGCCUAUAUGGCUCACCGACAGCAUGAUGGCGGACUUGUUUGACGUCGUGACAGGUUCGCGCCGAGACAUGUUCGCGCCAAGACAUGUUCGCGCCGAGACGUGGUGGUGUCAGCAACAGACUCGGCCCGC